AUGGGGCUUAAGAAUAUCAUCUUGGCAAUAUCUCUAACAAUUUUCAUAACCAUCUUUGUAUUGAUUUCUACAAUAUUCAUUGGCAACAACAAAACAGAAAUGCACAUGCACAUGCAAACGCAAGCAAAAACGCUGACGAAGAAGCCUCCUAGGGUGAGUCGUUUCCUAGCACAGAACGCGAAGAUCGGUCGUAACGCUAACGGGGCAGAGCAUUGCAAUAAAAACGAGGAGAUAUGCAAGAGUCAAGGAACAAACAACUCCACAAUGGCGUGUUGUAGCAACAAGUGUGUUGAUGUGGCGUACGAUAACGAUAACUGUGGCGCAUGUAAGAACCAAUGCUUGUUCACGCAGGCUUGUUGUGGGGGAGAGUGCGUUUACUUGGCUUAUGAUAAGAGACAUUGUGGGGAGUGUAAUCAUAGUUGUUUGGUUGGUGAGUUCUGUGUCUAUGGGUUGUGUAAUUAUGCGUGA